AUGAAAAAGGGUAAGAGUCAAACUCCAAGUCAACCAGAACCAAACCAAUUCAAAAAAAGAUUCAGUGGAGUAGAUAAAAACAUUCUAAAGAAACAGUAUAGCCAAUGGACUGACACGUUUGAUAUUAUCCACAAUGGUUAUUUUACAUUGUUGUGUGAAAAAUUGGAACGUGGUCUACCCCUUACUUGGUCCAACAAAUCUAUAGAACUAUUUUGUCAAAAAGCACCCAAUGUUGCCACUUUUCGGUUGGUCUAUGACCGAAUGAAAAACUGGUUUUUGUCACCUCAACUUAUUAGUCGUGCUUGUUCCAAUGGGAAUAUUGAAAUACUCGAGAUCCUUCUAGACCAAACCGAACCUAUCAUACUCUCUACCGAAAAUGCUUGGGAAGUUGCUGCUCGUGAUGGACACUUACACGUACUCGAGUACCUUUUCGAUCGUUAUCCUCAAUGUUUAAUGCCAACAGACGGAGCAGACCAAGGUGCAUUGAGAUUGGAUACUCCCGGUAUCAAUGUAUUCAAUUUUAUCAAUUUUUCAUUGCAACACCAAACCGCUCAAAUAUUCAAUUUUAUCAGAGACCAUUUCCCAGAGAUUGUACAAGACUAUGUAGACCACCCAUCCUAUUACAAAACUGUUCGUAAUUGGUCUCUUCAAACUGGUAGUAUCGAAACCAUCGACUCGUUUGCAUACGCUCCUUCACCAUUCCUUCCAGUCGAGUACCUUUACUUUGGUCACACUAGUGCGUUGCAUACCACCAAACAAAAGAUUGAUAUAAUUAUGUUUAUCGCAAACAAAAUCAAUCAAGAGAAUCCAGUUGGUAUUGACCUGACUGAAAUACAAAAUGUUGUCACAAAUGCCGGCGGCGAAUGGUGUCAAUCCCUUGACCAAGAAUCAUUUGACCAAUUGGUUUUAAUGGAAAUUAUGAAGAGAUUGGAACCUGGAUCCAAUGUUGACAGCUCAUACAUGCGUAUGAAAUACUUUAUUCCACAUCUUGUCAAGCUUGGACUCGUCGAUACUAUACCAUUCAUCAUUGACCAAAGCACAAACAGCAAACCAUUCCAACUCUUCUGUCAAUAUGGUACUUUGGAUCAAGUUAGGGCUGCCAUUGACUAUAUCCAAGGCAACCCAUCACUCCUCCACAACAAUGCAGUAGGGUUGGCACUUGAAAGACGUGACACUGAAGGAUUGGUCAUUGCAAAAUACAUUUUAGAUGACCUCAGACUACGUGCCAAGCUAUCAAACAAUGAUAGUGCCUACAAACCUGGUACAAUGGAAUCGUUGGUAUUCAUCUAUCAAUACUAUGAACACUUGGAUAGAGUCAUUGAUGCGAAUUGGUAUACAUUGGAAAUGCUCCAAUUCAUCUCUGACCACGACGGAGAAAUCGAAGGUAUGGAACAACUCAAACAAGCCAUUUGGAAUAAUGACCUCCAGUCUGUUGGAACCAUUCUAGACAAUCUUCACUUUUUCGAAUUGAUCACCGAGGCUCAAGAACACUCUGUCAUUGAAUAUGCCGUCACAAAGGGUAGUCUCCAAGCUGUCAAAGCCAUUAUUGAAAAGUGUGACAAGGAAGCAUUCAAGAAAUCUCUAAAAACACCCGACCUUACAACUCCUCAACCAAAAUGGGUAUGGAAAGAAAUUGGUAAAACCGGUAGCAUUCAAUUCUUGAUUGACAUUGUCGAUAUUUGUCUUGAAGGAGAAUCAUUUAACAAUAGCAAGUUUAUCAAUUUUGAAGAAUUAACCAAGGGUGCAAGUAUAUCUGGCUCAUUCCAACUCUUGCAAUACAUUCACGAAAAGGGAUGGUAUUCUCAAUUCCAUCUUCAAGAACUAGUCUCACACGGUCACAUUAAUAUUUUAAAAUAUAUUCAAGAAAAGAAACCAUUGACAUUUGAACAAAAUUGGAAACAAUUAAUAUUAGAUUCUAUUAGAUUUGGUCAAUUGGAUAUUUUAGAUUGGUUAAUCAAUAGAGAUAACAAAGAUAAUCAUCAACAUUUAAAUCUUCAACAAAUAUUUAAAAUAGAUCAGGAUCAAUUUAUGAAAGAAAUCAUACAACAAAAUGCAUACGUUACACUUCAAUACCUAUGUCAAAUACAAUACCCUUUUAAAUAUUUAGAUAAUUGUACUACCUUUGAAAAUAGAUAUGAUACUAAAAAUCAUUCAAUCAAAACAAUUUUAAAUAUUUAA